GGAACAAAAUCCUUUAAUAAAAGAGUUUAAUAUUCACUAAAACCACUCGAUAAACUAUAAAAGUUACAGUUCUUUUCCUUUUUUGAAUAAAUUUGUUUAGAAAUAAAAAGACGUGAAAAUGCGUUCGUGGUUUUACAUUUUAUUGGCAUACGCCUUUAUCUCAACCUUCAGCCAGUGUGUCGAAAGCCAUCCCACUCCAGAAUGUAAUCAGUUAACAUAUGGAUUAAUCAUGAAGCGCAUCACGGAAGUGACUUACCACACACAUGCAACUGUCAAGGACGCCUAUACAAAAACGAAACAAUAUGUUGAUGAUUACAAACAACAAAUUGACCAAAAGCUAGGCAGUAUGGAUGGGAAAUUAGACGAUAUUCUUAUCAAAUUGGUAGCAAUUCAGACUCAGCUUGCAGUACUUACUACUGGGCCAGUCGCACUAUCGUCAACAGAUGUGUUAAAAACGGCUAAAGUUGCUGCUUCGUCAGCAAAUAUAGACACGCCUGCAGAGAGUUAAAAUAUACUUUUUUAGUCUCAAUUGUUGUACACCAAACCGAGACUUUUCAUUAUCUCUACAGUGUGGAAGCAUUGAAUGAUUUAAAAUAUAUAACAUCGCGACCUGCGAUGAAAUAGCGAUAUCAAUUUAAUAAAGAUGUCUUGU